GUGUGUGUGUGUGUGACGGUAGAGAAAAGGCGCAUGUGUGAUGAGUUUCUAUGUAUUUGUAGACACAGCCCACCGCUGCCGCGCUCCCCCCAUCUUGCAUGUGGACCAUCCACCGCCGGACGGAGUCGCACCAGGGUUCGUGCCACUGCGGGGAUGCAAGGAUGGAUUUCUAACAUCGUUUCUCCUUUCUGCGCUUUACCCAACUGACGUCAUCCUCAAUGUCUCUCACAAUUUUGAACUAACAAAAUGAGGAUUUCUUGUAAUCAGCUUUUACUGCUAUUCUCUUGCGUUUGGGGACUCACUAUGGGUGCUUUUCCGAGCAGCGUUCAAAUCGGCGGGUUGUUCAUCAGGAACACAGAUCAGGAGUACACUGCCUUUCGGUUGGCUAUUUUUCUUCACAACACAAGCCCUAAUGCAUCUGAAGCACCCUUCAACCUGGUACCCCAUGUGGACAACAUUGAGACGGCCAACAGCUUCGCCGUGACCAAUGCUUUUUGUUCGCAGUACUCGCGAGGCGUGUUCGCCAUCUUCGGCCUGUACGACAAGCGGUCGGUUCACACGCUAACGUCCUUCUGCGGCGCCCUGCACAUCUCGCUCAUCACUCCCAGUUUCCCCACCGAAGGCGAGAGCCAGUUCGUCCUACAGCUGCGACCCUCCAUACGAGGGGCUCUUCUCAGCCUACUAGACCACUACGACUGGAACAGAUUCGUCUUCCUUUACGAUACUGACCGAGGAUAUGCGAUACUGCAGGCCAUCAUGGAGAAGGCGGGGCAGAACGGUUGGCAGGUCAGCGCCAUAUGCGUCGAGAACUUCAAUGACGCCAAUUACCGCCAGCUUCUCGAAGAUCUGGACCGCAGACAGGAAAAGACGUUCGUGAUCGACCUGGAGGCCGAGAGACUUAGUAACAUGCUGGAGCAGAUUGUGAGCGUUGGCAAGCACGUGAAGGGCUACCAUUACAUCAUGGCAAAUUUGGGUUUUAAGGACAUCAAUCUAGAGCGUUUCAUGCAUGGGGGUGCCAAUGUGACUGGCUUUCAGCUGGUGGACUUCAGCAAUCCCAUGGUUAUUAAGCUUAUGCAGCGCUGGAACAAGCUGGACCAGCGAGAAUACCCCGGCUCUGACAUGCCUCCCAAGUACACCUCUGCCCUGACGUACGAUGGCGUAAUGGUGAUGGCAGAAGCCUUCCGGAACCUCCGCAGGCAGAAGGUGGACAUCUCCCGCAGGGGCAACGCCGGAGACUGCCUGGCCAACCCCGCGGCACCCUGGAACCAGGGCAUCGACAUGGAGCGCACGCUUAAACAGGUGCGCCUCCAGGGAUUAACAGGAAAUGUUCAAUUCGACCACUACGGCCGCCGGGUCAACUACACUAUGGAUGUUUUCGAAUUAAAAAGCAACGGGCCUAGAAGGAUCGGCUAUUGGAACGAUGCUGAUAAGCUGGUUCUGACCCAGGAUCAAGCCUUGCUUCCCAAUGAAACUUCUGGCAUGGAGAACAGAACCGUUAUCGUGACGACUAUUAUGGAAGGGCCGUACGUGAUGCUCAAGAAGAACUGGGAAAUGUUCGAGGGAAAUGAACAGUUUGAGGGAUACUGCGUGGACCUGGCAUCCGAAAUCGCCAAACAUAUCGGCAUCAAAUACAAGAUCUCCAUCGUGCCAGAUGGAAAGUACGGCGCUCGGGACGCAGAGACAAAGAUCUGGAACGGGAUGGUUGGGGAGCUGGUGUACGGGAAAGCGGAAAUCGCUGUGGCCCCAUUGACUAUAACUCUGGUCCGGGAGGAGGUCAUUGACUUUUCUAAGCCCUUCAUGAGCUUGGGCAUCUCUAUCAUGAUCAAGAAACCUCAAAAGUCCAAGCCAGGUGUCUUCUCCUUCCUGGACCCGCUGGCCUACGAGAUUUGGAUGUGCAUUGUGUUCGCCUACAUCGGCGUGAGCGUGGUGCUCUUCCUAGUCAGCCGCUUCAGCCCGUACGAGUGGCACACCGAAGAGCCCGAGGAGGGCACUGACGGUCCGCCUAGCGACCAGCCCCCCAACGAGUUUGGGAUCUUUAACAGUCUCUGGUUUUCCCUUGGAGCCUUCAUGCAGCAGGGCUGUGACAUUUCACCCAGGUCUCUUUCUGGACGCAUCGUAGGUGGAGUGUGGUGGUUUUUCACCCUGAUCAUCAUCUCCUCCUACACAGCCAACCUGGCUGCUUUCCUCACUGUGGAGAGGAUGGUGUCACCCAUCGAGAGCGCAGAGGAUCUUGCCAAGCAGACAGACAUAGCGUAUGGUACUCUAGACUCGGGCUCCACCAAAGAGUUCUUCAGGAGGUCAAAGAUCGCCGUCUACGAGAAAAUGUGGAGCUACAUGAAGUCAGCAGAGCCCACGGUGUUCACCAAAACCACGGCGGAGGGCGUGGCACGGGUGCGAAAGUCCAAAGGGAAGUACGCCUUCCUGCUGGAGUCCACCAUGAACGAGUACACGGAACAGCGCAAACCCUGCGACACCAUGAAAGUCGGAGGCAACCUGGACUCCAAAGGCUACGGGGUGGCCACGCCCAAGGGCUCACAGUUAAGAACCCCAGUAAACCUUGCCGUUUUGAAACUGAGUGAAUCAGGCAUCUUAGACAAGCUGAAAAACAAAUGGUGGUACGAUAAGGGCGAGUGUGGACCCAAGGACUCGGGAAGUAAGGACAAGAGCUCGCAGGCUCUAAGCCUCAGUAAUGUGGCUGGGGUCUUCUACAUUCUGGUCGGUGGCCUGGGCCUGGCCAUGCUGGUGGCCCUCAUCGAGUUCUGCUACAAGUCCCGAAACGAGGCCAAGAGAAUGAAGCUCACCUUCACCGAAGCCAUGCGGAAUAAGGCGCGCCUGUCUAUUACAGGGAGCGUGGGUGAGAAUGGGCGUGUCCUGACACCCGACUGCCCGAAGGCGGUCCAUUCUGGCCCCUCCCUGCGACAGACCUCCGGACUGGCUCUGGUGUCGUCUGACUUACCGUGAAAACCAAAAACGUUCAAGUGCCUUAAACACCACGAAAACCGCAAACAUCAGAAAAAACCAACCCUGCAGCAAUGACGCCACCACGCUGAGCAAUCGUGAAGGAAAAUCACCGAUUCGAAAGAUGGAACGGAAACGAGGGCAGCUUCGCACAUUGGAGUCCCUGGGGUGCCACCACAAGAUAUGAUAUAUAGAGGAUGGUUACCACAGACAGUGAGACUUCUGUGUUUUUUUGUAAUUUACUCUCUGCCUUUGUGGAUGAAGCAGAUGAACGGGAAGACGGGAAUCAUGACUGAACUGAAUCUUGUUGAACGUUUUGGCAAAUCUGCUUGUUCUCUGCCAUAAACCUUGAAACAUUGGUUAAAAUAAACCGUCUAUAGUUAAAAUGGGCAUUUAUUUGUCCAGGUACAGUAUUAACAACAACGUAAAGCUUAAACUGUGAAGAAGAGUUAAUAUAUAUUCUAUAAAAUCGUACCUAAAUAAAUUAUUUACAUCAUUUUGUAAAUAGGAGACUGUACAACUCGCUUGCUUUUUAAAGAUUUGUAAAUAGCCAAUUCUGUAGUGUUAUUCACUUUUUAAUCCAUCUUUAGAAAAGGAUUCAUCGCAAUAAUGCUUAGACAAAAAAUGAAAACACAAAAAUGAUUUGAUAUAUAUGUAGAUGUAUACCUCUUUGGACUUAAUAACAUGGGCAUGUUAUCAGUGCCAGUGACCUAUGCGCUCAUGAUUUUCGGGAAUGUGGCGCACACCCUAGUGCCCAUAUCCAAGCCAUGCCCUGCAUAUAAUCACUGUGCAGUUGUAGACCAUGGUACCCUCUAGACUGUUUUAUUUUUAUUUCCACACAAACAGAUUUUAUUUUCGAUUUAUGUGAUGGAUUAUUAAGAAAAUAUUGAAGAAUAGCAUAUUUAAAAAAUAUUUAAAUGUUUGUCCAUUCAUUUUAGAGCAGACGCGUCUGGAAUAAAUGAAAUGAAAUAAAUUCAAGAGAGCUUUCAUCACAGCGCUUUCUUUCGACUUAACUGUGCAAACAACAAAAGAAAAACGAAGAAAAAAAGUGUACAGAAAUGAACACGGACCACCUCUGAAGACACUGUUUGUAUUGUGAGAGCCAUGGUCAGAGCUCAGCUCAGGCCUUUUAUGAAAACACUGUGUAACCUCAUCCAGGCCUUUAGUUUGUUCUCCAGAAACUGUAGCAAUGGAGCGAACUCCAGUCACCGAAUCUGUCCACACGGGCCUUUACUGGACGGCUAGACGUAAAUAAAUGGACAAUCUCGAAGUAUCAGGACACCAUAAUGGACUACUGAUCAGUCUCUCUCUCUGUUUACUGCCCAAUUCUGUUCAACUCACAUUUCACCUGAUAAAGUGCAAUUUUAUGGUCUCUCUUUCCUUGUUUUGAUGAAUACACAGAGUUUCACUAACUCUUACAAUCUGUAUCUCUCUCUCUCUCUUGUUCUUUCUCUAAAAAUACAAAAUCAUUCAUAGAGAUACACAAUGACCCCUACGCAUUAAAGAUCAGUCAGAGUGGCAUUAGUUUUUUCAGAGUCUCUAAUGCUGUGAUUAAAGUGGUGUCCUAAAUGGGUUGAUAUGAUAAAAUUGUAAAUAUUUAUUUUGAUCUUCAUUUUUUAGUAAAAUGUUAAUGGCCACAAUACUGCUCUCGUGUGUCU